ACUAUUUUGGGUGCUGUCGACCCCGCCCCCACCUCCUAUCGAGCCCCGGCUCUCCGGGCAGCUGGAGGGGUCGCGCUGCGCCUGUUGGGGCUGCACCUCGGACCAGGGCUUCCGCUGCAUCUGAAGCCAUGUCGGGCCGCUCAGUGCCACAUGCCCACCCGGCCACCGCCGAGUACGAAUUUGCCAACCCGAGCCGCCUGGGUGAGCAGCGCUUCGGAGAAGGCCUCCUGCCAGAAGAGAUCCUGACCCCCACACUCUACCAUGGCUACUAUGUCCGGCCUCGGGCCGCCCCAGCUGGGGAGGGCAGCAGGGCAGGGGCCUCGGAGCUUAGGCUCAGUGAGGGCAAGUUCCAGGCAUUUCUGGAUGUGAGCCACUUUACCCCAGAUGAGGUGACUGUGAGGACUGUGGAUAACCUGCUGGAGGUGUCUGCCCGGCAUCCCCAGCGCCUGGACCGCCAUGGCUUCGUGUCCCGAGAGUUCUGCCGCACCUAUGUCCUGCCUGCUGAUGUCGACCCCUGGCGAGUCCGAGCUGCUCUCUCCCAUGAUGGCAUCUUAAACCUGGAAGCGCCUCGGGGUGGCCGACAUUUGGACACAGAGGUCAAUGAGGUCUACAUCUCCCUGCUCCCUGCGCCCCCUGAUCCAGAGGAAGAGGAGGAGGCAGCCAUAGUUGAGCCCUGAUUUCCACAGACCCAGCACCCAGCAAAUCCCUCUCUACCUCCCAAGGUGAUAUGGGCAGCUGCCCACCACUCCAGAGGUAGCAGCAUCUUUGGGGGAAGGGAAAGGUGCAUGGUCCACAAUGUAUGGUUUGGUCCCAUGGGACGUGUUAUAGCCUUGGUUUAGUUUUGGGUGGAGCUGAAUAAACCCAAAUCUCAGGGCCUUGUU